CCCAAAGGUGGAGAGUGGGAUUAGGACCGGCGGCGCUUGGAGCAGGUGAAGAAGCAUUUUCAUUCCGGCUGUGGCUGCUGUUCUUUCUUCAAACGUGGGUCUGAGUCAGGAAAGGAUAAGCGUUCUUUCUUUUGCCGCUAGAGCUCCAGUGAACUGUUGCCCAGAACCUAGGCACUUCAUACAUUUCAUCUCACCCAUUAUUCCGCGUUCACUGUGUAAAUCACCUGCACAUUUGUAACCCCCUGAAUGCCCCUCUGCUCAGUGCUCAGAGAAGGGUAGAAAGCGAAUUUCAAAGGUUUGAAAGGCAGACAGGGCCUCCGCCGACCGCGGGGAGCUGUCUAUGGUGCUGAAGCUUUCCAAGCGUUUGUCUCCACCACUACACGGAGUUAGAUCGCAUAUUUUCAUUCCAGGCUUUCUCGUUCCCCCAUGCCUUGGAUAAGACUAAUUUCAGGAUCGUGAAUAUCUCUCCGUAUCAUGGCCCACGUGAGACACUUUCGGACAUUAGUUUCGGGAUUUUAUUUCUGGGAAGCAGCACUGUUACUCAGUUUGGUUGCAACAAAGGAAACAGAUAGUGCAAGAUCUAGAAGUGCUCCAAUGUCACCUUCUGACUUUCUGGAUAAAUUAAUGGGGAGGACAUCAGGGUAUGAUGCAAGAAUCAGACCCAAUUUUAAAGGUCCUCCAGUUAAUGUCACAUGCAACAUAUUCAUAAACAGCUUUGGCUCUAUUGCUGAGACAACCAUGGAUUACAGAGUGAAUAUCUUUCUUCGUCAGAAAUGGAACGAUCCUCGCCUUGCAUAUAGUGAAUAUCCUGAUGACUCUUUAGACCUAGAUCCUUCCAUGUUGGACUCCAUUUGGAAACCUGACCUGUUCUUUGCCAAUGAAAAGGGUGCCAACUUUCACGAAGUUACUACAGACAACAAACUGUUAAGAAUUUUCAAGAAUGGAAAUGUUCUUUAUUCAAUAAGAUUGACAUUAACACUUUCCUGUCCAAUGGAUCUCAAGAAUUUUCCGAUGGAUGUGCAAACGUGCAUAAUGCAACUGGAGAGUUUUGGAUACACAAUGAAUGAUCUCAUUUUUGAAUGGCAAGAUGAGGCACCUGUACAAGUGGCAGAAGGACUCACUCUGCCCCAAUUUCUGUUGAAAGAAGAGAAAGAUUUACGAUACUGCACUAAACAUUACAACACAGGAAAGUUUACAUGUAUAGAAGUGCGAUUCCAUCUUGAACGACAAAUGGGAUACUAUCUGAUCCAGAUGUAUAUUCCCAGUCUCCUGAUAGUUAUUCUGUCGUGGGUUUCAUUCUGGAUCAAUAUGGAUGCUGCUCCAGCCAGGGUAGCUUUGGGAAUAACUACUGUGCUGACUAUGACCACACAGAGUUCAGGAUCCCGAGCUUCCUUACCAAAGGUAUCAUAUGUCAAAGCUAUUGACAUUUGGAUGGCAGUAUGCCUCCUUUUUGUGUUUGCAGCACUUCUGGAAUAUGCAGCUGUAAAUUUUGUAUCAAGACAACACAAAGAACUUCUGAGAUUUCGACGAAAAAGAAAGAAUAAGACAGAAGCUUUUGCAUUGGAGAAGUUUUACCGUUUCUCAGACACGGAUGAUGAGGUAAGGGAAAGUCGAUUCAGCUUCACUGCCUAUGGCAUGGGACCGUGUCUGCAAGCAAAAGAGAGUGUGACCCCCAAGGGCCCAAACCGUCCUGUCCAGGUAAUGCCAGAAAGCCCUGAUGAAAUGAGGAAGAUCUUCAUCGACCGGGCCAAGAAGAUUGACACCAUCUCCCGAGCCUGCUUCCCAUUAGCCUUUUUGAUUUUUAAUAUUUUCUACUGGGUUAUCUAUAAAAUCCUUAGGCAUGAGGAUAUACAUCAGCAAUGAGAUUAAGUCUCCGGGGUCAUGCAAGUGCAAACAGUCAAUUCGAAAGAAAGUGUCUUCGCCAUAAGGGUGUGUGUGUGUGUGUGUGUGUGUGUGUGUGUGUGUGUGUGUGUUGUACAAAUGAUGACCAUUGUAUUAAAAUGCAUAGAGGAAGGGAUUAUUAUGAUUUGCUAUGCAAAGUCAUUGAGGCAAGUUAAGAUUCUUUUAAUGGAUACUAAAUAUAUAUUUAUGUAUUAUAGACAUUCUAUUUCAUAUUGAUUUAUCUGCUCUUUCAUAGUAAAUCACGUAAGUGGAAGUAUCACUGCCAAUGUGUUUGUAUGUUAUAUAAUGUCACAUAAUAGCACAUGUGAAAACUACUUUGGAUUUCUUGAUUUUUAAUUUCAUAAUAAUCUUACAAAGUAAAAUUUUCACAGUGAACUUUAUACAAAGAGAAAAGGGAAAUGUUGAAGAUAAAUUAGUAGCUUGAGGCUUUAAAAUAUUUUCUUAUACUGUAGUUACAGAUAGAAAAAUAAUAAGUUAAUUCAAUGGAAAACUUGUUUGAUAGUAAUAGAAAAUUGUACAUACAAAUACUAUCAGACCAACUUAUGUAAUAACAAA